AUGACUUUACCUCUCCUGAUAUCAAUGGUGGUAGCAGCCGUGUCUGCGGUGUUCCCUCCGAAGAGUGAUUCCUCGUCGACCACUUCGAACUCCCAGUCUUCUUCUGGUUAUUCAAUUUCGCCAAUAUUUGAGACUGGAAACCGGGCUCUGUUCACUGGAAUUGCAUUGGGAAUUGGAUUUUCAUGGUUUCUCAACCACGAACUAGAAAGAUCCAGGCUCCAUGAUCGAAUACGCUUGGCCAUUCAAGACUUGUUUCGUCCCAUUGUGGCAACUGAUGGGCGUAAUAAUGAUAAAGCUCCAAUGUCAGGUCAGACUUUUCCUGUUCUGCAAAAUGACAAGCGAAAUGGAGCCAAUGGAGAGCACCAAAUGCCUGAUGGAAAUACUGCUGUCAAGCCAGUGACGACCAUCAUCUCGACAAACAAUGCUUUGACAUCUACUCUUUGGGUAUCUACAAUCUGCAUUCCUCCUCAACACGAGCUAAAGAUUCAAAAGGCUAAUGGACUCGAGUUUUUCCAUGUUUUACAAGGAAAGGGAAAGUGGGCUACCCAAGAACCAUCCAACGAGGGCAGCGACAAUAUCGCGGAUAUCAGCCCAGGGGAUGCUUUUGUGGUAGAGGCAAACAGCACUAGAUGGGUCUCGAAUGGUUCUUCUUCGGAAGAGUUGAUUCUUCUGCGGUCUUCAGAUGCAGGGCACAGACAUCGACAACCAGGGUAUGAUCAAAUAGUCCCUACUAGCACAUCUUCGUCGGCAUCAUCUGCAGCGCGACAACUUUCCUCGGCUGUCACAUCUAGCUAUCGACAAGCUGGGGCCUACUUUCAAAGUCUUUUGGGGAACACAACAACAACCACCAGCAGUGGGGCAUAG